AUGCGGAUGAAGUCAGGGUCCACCGUCAGCUGGUAUAUUUCUACGAAGUGGAUCAUAUGGUGUGAUUUAAAAGGGAAGGUUUAUAGUGCAGUACAGGGACGUCAUGGAUGGUCGACAGUAGAGGUCGCGUGUAGUGUAUGGGGAGGUGCGAAGUAUGAUCUAGACGAUACUAACGCUAAGAAGAUGUCUUUCGAACGAUAUUAUUCACUUUUUCUUCUUCCCUUCUUGAUAAUCGCUUCAUACUAUGCCGAAGCUCAAGUCUAUCAACAGCAAAUGCUCCCGUCAAGUCGAAAAUGUGUUCCGUUGAGGAUACCGAUGUGCAUUGAUCUGCCGUAUAACAGCACAGUGUAUCCGAAUCUGCUGAAUCAUCAAACUCAGGAAGAUGCGGAGAUAGCAAUAAACCAAUUUAGUCCGCUUGUGAAAGUCAGAUGUUCUGAAGACAUUAAACUCUUCUUAUGCACGGUGUGGGUUGUGCUGUGUCUGGCAUGGUUUCUCGCUGCAAAUCGUAAGUGGGGCGCGGAAUCCAUUGCCGGGCUAGCUCCUUACCUGCAUGCGGCAUGUUGGGGAAUACCAGCACUCCUGUCAGUCGUAGUAUUAGUGACUAACUCGAUUGAUGGCGAUAUCUUCACAGCACUGUACACACUUCGAUGCCUUCACCCUGAUCGUGUCAAAUUUGGCUUUUCGAUGCCGCGAACAAGCUGCAGUCAACGUAUGGAUGCCAUUUCUCCGGGACCAGAACUGGUACUUAUAUUCAUAAAGUACCUUUGCCAACUAAUCGUGGGCAUCACAUGUGCCGUUUGGAUCUGCAGUGCGAAAACGGUCGCCAGUUAUCAGAAAGCGUACGCCAGAAUAAUUCUUCGACGUGCUGCUGUGGCGACAGAUGAGCAUUGA